UUUUUUUUGACAUGCACUUCCUGUUCCCCUGUCACUUGUCGGUCUGUCUGGCUGCACCUGUUGCUGUGUUCUAUUAUCUCUGCCCUCUUCUAGUCCUUGUGCUUCCCUUUGUGCUCUGUUGGUGGGUCUGUUAACCUCUGUCUGAUCUCUUCACCAGCGUUUCCCAUUGAUGCUCCUGUAGUUUUCAAGUUUUUGGAUUAUGUAAAUUAGGAUUUGGUUUAGUUUUUUUCCUUAAAGGAUUGAAAGUCCAUUUUUUGUUAACUGUUUCUUUAAAUCUUCAUAAUUUUUCCCUCUCAAUUCUGCAUUUGGGUCCUGGUUCAUCUGGCAUCUUACUAUGAGAAGUGGAGGUUUGGAACUAGAAGAAGUGGUUUAGGGAUCAAAGAGACUCCAGUAAAAGAUCGUCCUGCUCGUUUAUACGGCAAAGGUAGAGGAAUGUGCUGUGAGAAGAUGAAGGAGCGCUCUGCUUAGUCCCCUUUCCUCCUUGCCUUGACCUGUGUUCGACUUUCAGUGAGACCUCGCCAUGGAAACGGAGCCCAGUGUUUAGAUUGACUUAAAUAUUUAGGAAAUCUAUAUGCAACCAUUUUAUUAGAGAAAGAUCAGGGCAACAUCUGCCACGGACAUGCAUUUGUAAAGAUUUGCCAAAUCCACAUGAGAACAAAAUAUGUUUGCACUCAAAGCUAGGCUAAGGAAUUCUGCAUGAACAAGUUAAUGACACACUCAUCUAUCGUAUCUAUAGUGAAUAAGAAGCUAGCCAGGAGCCAGUUGGCUUUACUUAGCGCAAAGACAGGAAACAGGAGGAAGCGGCGAGACUCGCUCUCUGGCCAGAGGUUCAACAAAAUCCUCCUUCGUGCACCCCUGACGCUCGUCCGUCAGCAUGUUACACAUCAGAGAGAUAGUGUAAAAAAAAAGCCAGAGUCAAAUUCCUUGUAGGUGUAAAUUGGCCAAUAAAACCGAUUCUGAUUCUGAUCAUGUUUGUUCAAUCACAGUGUAAAAAAAAAAAGCCAAAUUAGUUCUGGUUCACUUCUCGGAGCAACUGCUCCCAGUCGACCAGGAGGAGGUCUGCACGGUGCAGCACGACAACCCCUGAAUCGGACACGUGGGUCUUAAAGUCCAUUCAGAUGUUUCAUGGCCUCAAAUGAAAAGCCACACCAACCUGGAACAUGGAGAUUUUGGGAACUUGCAUAAAGACUUUGUCCUUUCUGUGUGCUCCCUGUAAUAACAGUCGGGUGCUAGACCUUUUUACUGUACCGUACUAACGCCAUCUACAUAAGUGGCAAGAUCCGAACGAGAAUUCACCACAUUCAUACAUCCCUGCAGCUGAGGCACUUUACUUUGCUUGUUGCUGGUGCUUGAUGCUCUUUUUUUUUCUCAAAGGGAAUAUUAUUAUUUUUUUUCAGCAGCCCUGACUCUCAGCUGCCUGCAUAUGUCAUGCCCAUCUUGUUUACUGGAGGAGUUGCAGGCAGACGAUAUCCAAACUGAGAUUUUUUUUUCUCCAAUUAAAAUGUUUAACAUGGUGAUCUCUUUUUUUGGGGGGGGGGGGGGGGGGGGGCGUUAAUGGUGUUUGGCGUUAAACCCCUCCCCGGAGGUUUGUCCUGCACGGCUCUGAUCGGUAUGCAGAUAAAGGUGGAGCGGAUGCUGAGCGCGCAGGAGCAGGACGCAGGAGCAGGACGCGCAGGACGCAGGAGCAGGACGCAGGACAGAUGCUCUGGGUGUGAUCUCACAGCUCUGCUCCUGAUGGGAUCUUGAAACACCCCCGGACUUUGCGCAAGAGGCUGAACCCGUCUCCACCGCACAUGCCAGAACCUCUGCUCUUCACAGUGGAUGGGCAGAAUGCUUCUCCUCCUGCGAGCCUCAGAAAAUGAACGCCACUCCGUGUGACUCUGGUGUGACCAUGUAUCACCUGACAGCAGACCACCGACUGAACGCCAGCUGCAACUGCUCCUCGCCCCCUUCCAACUGGACAGCAGGGGUCGACUCCCUGCAGCUGCCCACAUUCACCACAGCAGCCAAAGUCAGGGUGACCAUUACCUUCAUCCUCUGUGCCACAUCGGCCUUUUGCAACCUGGCCGUGCUGUGGGCGGCGCACAGCGAUGGGAAACGCAAAUCCCAUGUCAGGGUGCUGAUAAUCAACCUGACUGUGGCCGAUCUGCUUGUGACCUUCAUCGUGAUGCCUGUGGACGCAGUGUGGAACAUCACACUCCAGUGGCUUGCCGGGGACUUUGCCUGCAGGCUGCUGAUGUUUCUCAAGCUGCAGGCGAUGUACUCCUGCGCCUUUGUCACCGUGGUGAUUAGCCUGGAUAGGCAGUCAGCCAUUCUCAACCCUCUGGCCAUCAACGAGGCCAGAAAGAGGAACAGAGUCAUGCUGUCGGUGGCGUGGGGCAUGAGUGUCGUGCUGUCGGUCCCUCAGGUAUUCCUUUUUCACAACGUGACCAUCAUUCUUCCGGAGGACUUCACUCAGUGCACGACGCGUGGAAGUUUCGUCACUCACUGGCAUGAAACGGCCUACAACAUGUUCACCUUCUCCUGCCUGUUCCUGCUGCCUCUGGUCAUCAUGAUCACCUGUUACACCAGGAUCUUCUGUGAGAUCUCCAAACGACUGAAGAGGGACAACCUGUCCUCCAAUGAAGUGCAUUUGCGGUGCUCAAAGAAUAACAUCCCCAGAGCCCGGAUGAGGACUCUAAAGAUGAGUAUCGUCAUUGUCUUGUCUUUUAUCAUCUGCUGGACUCCGUACUACCUGCUGGGCCUGUGGUACUGGUUCUUCCCUGACGACCUGGAGGGGAAGGUCUCCCACUCGCUGACCCACAUCCUGUUCAUCUUUGGUCUCGUCAACGCCUGCCUGGACCCAGUCAUCUACGGCCUGUUCACCAUUCACUGCCGAAAGGGUCUCCGGAGGUUUUUCCGCAAUGCGCCCACAGCAUCUGACCUGGAUAAUAACACGAUUGUGACUGGAUCUUUUGUUUGUGCUGCCAAUAUUCUACCAACAAACAGAGCGGUGAGCCCGGCUUGCCGGGAGAAGUUUGUGUUGUGCCGUGGUGCUCACAGCAAAGCAGAGUCAACAUCGCCAGGAGGUAGCUUUUUAACAGCAGACAAUAAUACAGAAAGAGAUCUAAACCAGACAAGGCCCCACAACAACAUACAGUAUGAGGAAGAGGCAAAAGAUUCUUGACAGGUUUAUCUGCUGUUGUAUAACUAUACUAUUUAUUCAGAUUUAUUAAUAUGUCUGACUGUCCAACGUGGGGGGUCCUGUAUUCCUAAAAUACUUGGUGUCAUUUUUGCCUUACCUCACAAAACAGGUUCGACAUAUGACAUGAAAUGAGAACUGUAUAUUUCCUAUAAGAGGCGAAACUUGGUAAAGUAAUGUUUAUGUGCACUGCAAAUCAUGAUUUGUUGUCAUCUUGGAUUAAAUGUAUAUUCACUGUGAUGAGUGUAUAUUGUGAAUCCGUUGCUGCUGGUAAUUUCCAAUGUUCAGAGGCUAAAUUCACUCAUACAGCUGCAAUUGUACGCAAAUUCAUGUUGCACAGCAGUGCUAUGCCAUUUUUCUGCAGACGUCUUAUGCAAACCCACUUCUGUCUCUGAAUAAAUGUGUCGCAGUUGGGUCCCUGAGGGGACGGCUGCCCGAAAUCAGUGAUGCUGAGUCAUAUUGCUCAACUGGAAAGAGCAUUUCCACCCUGGAUAAAUAUAAAUAUAUGGCAAUGAUGAAAGAUAACUCUAAAAUCCUCCUCAACUCUUUGAUAAUUCAUCUUUUGUUGAAAUGAAAGAGACAUGUAGUUUAACUUGCUGUGGCUAUAGCAUCUCAUCCAGCUAAGAAAAAUGUCUGGAUCCUAUAUAUUAGAAAAAAAUAAAGCUGUAAAAUAUUGACCAAAUAAAUGUGAUACUGAGCAACAUUUACAAAUGACUGUAGAGCUAUCAAGUUUGAUUCAUCAUGGAUUUGUGCUUCUUUCAUGUUUUACAAAAGAAAUAAUGUAGCCAGAAUAGGUAUAUAAUCAUUGCAGUUGUAAUGAAAAUGUGUUUCACUGUGGUAUAUUGUCAGUCCUCUAUGAUUUAAACAGAAGUUUAUACAGAAAACAGAUUUGUUAUUGUGUACAGUAUGUAGCUCCCACCUUUAAUUAACUCCAUAUAUUAUUUUCCUGAAUAUGAAAUCAAAUACACAAUUUCAAGAUAAAACGUGUGACGUGUAAUUUUCAACCAAUCAAUUGCUUGGUGUUGCUGUAGUAAAAAACUAAUAUAUCCCAAUAUAUCCCUCAUAUCUCCAUAUCGUCUGUUUGAUUUGAUCAACAGCUCAACACCCAAUAUCCAAUUCACUAUCACAGAUGAUAUCAUCGAUAGAUAAGAAAAUAACAUGUGUACGGAAAAAAACACCCAUUCCUUACAACUAUUGUAUGGUAAAAAUCAAGGCCUCGGAUACUGUGGAAACAGCUAGCCCAGCAACCAGCACGUGUAAAGCUAAUUGACAUUGUUUAUCUUGUAAUCCCAAAGAUUGAACUGUAUUAUUUUUCAGUUUAUAGGACAAAAACUUCUAUAAAAUAGCAAACAGAGAUUUACCCCGAGCAGCCAGUUAGCUAAGUUUAACAUGAAGAAACAGGGAGAAACAGCUUGUCUGUGUCUGAACAUGUAUUUUGAUAAAUCACUACAAAAAAACCCGCAUAUUUAGAAAACGGCUACUCCUUUUUAGCAAUUUCAUUGUUUCUGUACUAAUUUAUCAUUUUAUAAAAGAUAAUUUCACAGCUGGAGUCUUGAUCACCU